AUGACCUUCCCCAAGAUCACAGACCAUGUGGGCAGCAUGCGUCCCUUCUAGGUCCUGCACGUGGUCCUAGGCCUCCCCAUGUUCGCCAUGGCCUCCCACAACCUGCUGCAGAUCCUCACAGCUACAUGCUGCCCACCAAGGCCUCUGGGGGACCUGGGUGCUCCAACAUCACUCAACACCAGCCUGCCCAACGACACCCAGGGGGCCACUGAGCCGUGCCUGCACGGCUGGGCCCACACCAGCACCGGGGAGUCCAUUCUGCCUGCGUGGCACUUGAUGUGUGACUCCGGGAAAACCAAGGAGGUGACCCAGUCCAUUUACACGGCCGACAUAGUGACUAGGGGCCUCAUCCUGGGAAACAGCUGCAGCAUCUCCCUCGUCCUCCAAGAUGGUCCUCCCUCGUCCAUCAAGAAUCUGAGAGAGCUACUGUGGGAGGGGGCAGGGGAACAGGAGUUUUGGGAACCCCAGCCUGAAGCCGAGAGAGUGGGGUCUUGGGCCCAGCUCAACCGCAGGCUCUCUGGGACUUUGGUCAGGCCAGGAGCUGUCACUCUGAGGACCUCAGAGGCCCCCCCUGAAGAUAACCAUGACAAACAUGACAGCAGCAGCCGUCAGCGCCGAGCACUUGCCCUGGGCCGGACGCUGCUGGAUAUGUGCCGAGGGGACGUCCACCUAGGUGUGGGCAUCACGCUGACUGUAACUGCUUGCUUCUACACCACUGGCCAAUUCACGGCCUACGCCAUCCCCCAGUGUCACUGGCCACAGUCAACCACGUCCCUUCCCUUCUUUGCCUUCUUCCUGCUGUCCUGGCACGUGGCCCUCCCUCUCCUCUUGACCUCCCUCCGUAGGCGCCCUGGGGCCCAAUGGAGGAGGCCCAAGCCCCACCAGGCAGGAGUCAGGAAGGGCCUUCCAGGGAGGCGGAGUGGUAUACACAGAGGCAUGCUGCAGGGGGAGCAGCUGUCUGGGGGUUCCCAGGGGCUGCCUGCAGUGGAAAAGCGGGGUGCGGUGAGAUGCAUGGGAUGGGGUCAGGCCACGGAGAGCAUGGAAGCCCAGGGUGGCCCUGGCUCCGUGUGUACCACCCCAGAGGUGGUGGCUAACGCUGUAGCAGCGUCACCUGACAUCAGUGAAUCUCACCCAAAGAGCAACUUACUUGAUCUGAACCCACAGAACAUUAAUAAGCUUCUGACAGCCCUGAGUGAGUACAGCAAAGGGGGCCAGAUUUUCAUCCUGGACUGCCUGUCUAAUUACAACCCUAAAGAUGACCGGGAGGCUCAGAGCAUCUGUGAGCGGCUAACUCCCCGACUAUCUCAUGGCAACUCAGUGGUGGUGCUUUCAGCAGCAAAAGUCCUAAUGAAAUUUCUAGAGUUGUUACCUAAAGACUCUGACUACUACAAUAUGUGUGAUUCUGGUCCCCAGAUGGAUACCAGAGGCUGCACCCUAGGUGGUGGGGAGUCCUUGAAGGCCCCGAAGACCCGCCAGCAGGUAGUUGUCUCCAAUGGCAAGGAGGAGGGGGGAGAGACGCUCACGUUAGAGGGAGGGGAGCUCACACUCAACCUGCAGAAGGAGAUCUCCUUGGCCAAGACCAAUCACAGCAUCACUGACCUGUUCUGGAUGCCCAUCCUGUGCCUUGUGACCUUCUGUCUUGCCCCAGCCUGGUUUUCCACCAAUUUUGCCUACUAAAAUUUGGCUAUGAGUGUGGAAGAAUUUGGAGUCAACAUCAACUUCCUCCAGCCCAUCUUUGGUGGGGUGGACAUCCAGGCCAAGUACACUAAUCUGGACUGGCGCACUACCCAGGCUGCUGCUCUACUCCUGGCAGGAGGGUCCAUCCUGGCUCUCAUCUUUACAAACAGGUAUGGGCAUAAGCACUGCGUGGACCCGCUGGUGAAGAUCACAGGCAAGUGGCAGCCCCGCGUCCCCAACACCAUCUUUGGGACCAUCGCCCUCUUGGUAGGCAGUGCCGCCCUCUUCCUGCCUGAGACCCUCAAUCAGCCCACGCCAGAGACUAUAGAAGACAUGGAAACCUGGUCCCUGUGGGCAAAGGAGCCGAAGGAAGAACCAGAAGCAGUAGAAACAUCCCACAGGACCGGGCGUGGGCCCCAGCCGAGGACAGCAGAACCCCAUUUUCCCGCCCUCCAGAGGCCAAUCCCGGCCAGGUCCCUGGCUUGCCUGCCUCUGGGCUCCUCAGACCCCUUAGGAGGUCCUGGGAAGGUCCUUACUUCCCAAAGUCUUCUGAGUGCUUCACCCACACCCCUCCCCUUGCCCACAUCCUCCCUGUAG